AUGCCAGUUGAAAGAGCAGAAGAAAUAGCUCACAAAAUAUGGGGUUCGUUUUUUGUUAAGAUAAAGAAUCGAACGGAGGAUUGGUUGCGUCACACGUGGGAAGCAGGCAAGGAGGUCAUACACCACAGCCACCUGCCUAAGUGGUUGAGAGACAACGACUACCUCGUCAAAGGUCACAGACCACCUUUGUAUUCAUUCUGGGCUUGCUUCAAGUCCAUGUUUCGUAUCCACACUGAGACUGGUAACAUUUGGACUCAUCUCAUUGGCUGUAUCUUCUUCAUCGUGCUCACAUUUUACUUCCUAACCCGACCCUCUGUUGAGGUGAUGUGGGAAAAGAAGUUGGUGUUUUCCGCAUUUUUUGCCGGGGCCAUCCUCUGCAUGUGCUUCUCCUGGCUCUUCCACUGCCUCUGUUGCCAUUCUGAACAUGUUGGAAGACUCUUCAGCAAGCUUGACUACUGUGGCAUAGCCCUGUUAAUCAUUGGUUCGUUCGUGCCCUGGCUCUACUACUGCUUCUACUGCCACAAUUCACCAAAGGUCGUGUACCUCGUUUGCAUUCUGGUACUUGGUAUCGCAUCCAUCGUUGUAUCCAUGUGGGAUAAGUUUGGUCAGCCUCAGUACAGGGUACUCAGAGCAGGUGUUUUCGUAGCCCUCGGUCUGAGUGGUGUGGUCCCAGCGGCCCACUACAUAAUGUGGGAGGGCUUGUACCACGCAUGGAACACUGCAGCCAUGGGCUAUCUCUUCCUUAUGGCAUUUCUCUACAUUUUCGGGGCUUUCCUCUACGCCGCUCGCAUUCCUGAGUGCAUCUGGCCUGGAAAGUUUGAUAUCUGGUUUCAAAGCCAUCAGAUCUUCCAUGUGUUCGUUGUGGCAGCUGCUUUCGUCCACUACCUGGGCAUCAGUGAGGUCGCCCACAACCAAUCAAAAAUGGGCGUGUGCUGA